AUGGAAGAGAAACAGAUUCUGUGCGUGGGGCUAGUGGUGCUGGACAUCAUCAAUGUGAUGGACAAAUACCCAGAGGAGGACACGGACAGCAGGUGCUUGUCCCAGAGAUGGCAGCGUGGAGGCAAUGCAUCCAACUCCUGCACCGUCCUCUCUCUGCUUGGAGCCCCCUGCGCCUUCAUGGGCUCGCUGGCCCCAGGCCACGUUGCUGAUUUUGUCCUGGAUGACCUUCGCCGCUAUUCUGUGGACCUCCGCUACAUGGUCUUUCAGACCACGGGCUCCGUCCCCAUCUCUACAGUCAUCAUCAGCGAGGCCAGUGGUAGCCGCACCAUCCUACAUGCCUACAGCUUCCUGGUGGCUGACUUCAGGCAGCGGGGCGUGGAUGUGUCUCAGGUGGCCUGGCAGAGCAGAGGGGAGACCCCGUGCUCUUGUUGCAUCGUCAACAACUCCAAUGGCUCCCGUACCAUUGUACUCUACGACACGAACCUGCCAGAUGUGUCUGCGAAAGACUUUGAGAAGGUUGAGCUGACCCGGUUCAAGUGGAUCCACAUUGAGGGCCGGAAUGCAUCAGAGCAGGUGAAGAUGCUGCAGCGGAUAGAACAGCACAAUGCCAGGCAGCCUCCAGAGGGCAAGAUCCAGGUGUCCGUGGAGGUGGAGAAGCCGCGUGAGGAGCUGUACCAGCUGUUUGGUUAUGGAGAUGUGGUGUUUGUCAGCAAAGAUGUGGCCAAGCACUUCGGGUUCCGGUCAGCAGAGGAGGCCCUGAGGGGCCUGUAUAGCCGCGUGAGGAAGGGGGCCACACUGGUCUGUGCCUGGGCGGAGGAGGGCGCCGACGCGCUGGGCCCUGAUGGACGGCUGCUUCACUCGGAUGCUUUCCCACCGCCCCGCGUGGUGGACACUCUGGGGGCCGGAGACACCUUCAAUGCGGCGGUCAUCUUCAGCCUGUCCCAGGGGAAGAGCAUGCAGGAGGCGCUGAGGUUCGGCUGCCAGGUGGCCGGCAAGAAGUGUGGUCUACAGGGUUUUGAUGGCAUCGUAUGA